UAGACGAGGAAGCAAGAGCGAUCGUUGCGACGAGAAAGAGCGGCCUUUCCAGACACCGGUGAAUUUUCCAACCCGCCACCAGCGCUAUAGGACAGAACGUUGCGGUAGUCGAUUGACAAGUUCUAACCCAGGAAUCCAACGGUAUAGCUAGACAGCGGCCCACAUCUGGAGCUCCCUCUAUAAAGGAGCCGCUUGGAAGACGUCUUUGCUUGGAGUUGAAGGGAUAAAGAAGCGAGAAACACCAAAUAGCUUUUCAAUAAGAAAAGAAAAGUUUUAUCCAUUGAAGAAAGGCAAAGGAGAAUGAAGCCAGUUGCAAGCCAGUCUGUUGGAAUUGUACUACUGGUUCUCUUCAGUACGUGCUAUUCGGCGCCAGUUCUGUCAAAAACUGCAGGAAAAACAGAAGCGUUGCGCCAGGUACAGGACGAUGCUAAACAGGUUUCACAGAUCAAUGAGCAGGAGCGGGAACUAGAAUCACUCGUUCAAGGCACUAAUUUAGGAGACAAUGUAAAAGUUGAAGAACACCAUCACGUGACAUAUGAAAAUAUCAACGGCAAGGAACAGGAAGUACAAGAGACAGAAAAGGCGGUCAUAGACGAAAACAACGGCGAGCUUGUUUCUGACGUCAAACAGGAAGUGACGCAAACAGAAGGGGCUGAUGGGAAACCCGAAACUCACGUAGAGACGAAGAUCGACAUACCAUCCAAGGGCAUUCACGAGAGUUUCUCCGAGGAUGGGAAUAACGAUGUUGUCAACGAUGACCGUUUUCCAAACGCCGGGAUGACCGAGGAGGAUGUGGACGAAUCUAUCGUGACCCCUCAGGCUCUUGCUGAAUACCUCUGGGGCACACAGGACUUCGGAAAGUUCAGAUCUGCCCUUCAGGACAUAGUCGAUUCUAAAAUUAUGACACCAGAUGAGGCUCAGGGCUUUUACCAAGACGUCGUUAUGGAAUAUGACAAGCUGAGACAGUUAAACAGCCUAUACCCGUACCAGAGCGAAGAUGAAGAGACCUUCCUGUCACCUCUUGUUGGUGGACCUCAGUACAGCAAUAUCAUCCCCGGUGUCCCCGCCGAUGAGAUAACCAUUCCCAUCGACAGCCUUGCCCAGAAACGCGUUCCUCAGAUCCCAUUCUAUGGCGAGGAGUAUCCAAGCCUGUCCGACUAUGAACUGGAACAACAGAGAGAGGCGUACGAGCUGAACGCCGCUCUUCAGAGACAAGCCGUUGUGGAUGAAACGAUCAAGGGUUUGCUGGAGGAGUGGUUUGCCACAGCAGUAGAGUCAGGUGAUACUGAUUCUGCGAAGCUUGUGAGUGACUUAGCCGCGUACCUUGCCGAUCAGCCCGAUGCUGGGCAGUAUGACGACGAGAGAGUGCGCCAAGUUCUCGCUGAUGUGUUCAGCGCCAUGGCAAACAACGAGGUGGAAUCCAUUCAGGAACCUGAGCCCGAAAUCCAGCCAUUGCCGCAAACAGAAGGCAUCGAGCAACAGCUGAAAAAUGCGCCAUUACAAGCUGAACGAAAGCCAGCCGAAGUAAAACCUGCUGAGAACAAUCAAAGUGAGACGGAGUCCAGUGGCGAAGCCCCUGCUGAGAGCAAAGUGGAAGAAAAAUCGUCAUAAACAGUGAACUAGCAAACUAAAAUACCCCACUUACUUGUGUCAUCCGUGUAAACGUAUCGCAAGCAGCAGAGACAUAUAUUUCUGCACCCUGAGGCUUUGUUAUUUUACUAUCUACAUUACAACUCCUCCUGCAAAACAUCAAAAUGCAGAAAUGCCCAAAGGACGAACAAAAAAGGAAGCCCGGCGUAUUGGCACGUGGCACACUGUUUCGAUUCUGGUCAAAGUACGUGAAGGAAACGUUUGAUGGCAACGAAACCUGGACACUCUAUGAUGGUGAUGAUAAAGUGAACCUGAAUUUCUGUCGGUCAAGGGUUAUUGGUAGUGUGCUUGCUGAUCUCAUGGUGUUUUGUAAAAAAGCAAAACGGAAUCACCGUGCUUUUGUCUGUCCCGUCGACGUUCGGUUCCUUCGUGAUGCGACUACUCCUCUAAUCCAACCAACCUCCUGUCUACGAAAGCAAAGAUGAAUCCAAAGAGACAUAAUAUCUAUCAAUCCGUGUGUUACUAUAUUAUACACUGUAACUGUUUGCUUAAUGGUCUGAAGGAACAUUCAUUAUGGUUCUUUUGAGGAACCUCUUGGAAAUCGUGUAUAUUUGUUGUAUAUAAUUACAUGUCUAUUACUGCUAACUCUGCUACGCCUUAUUGUGACGCGGGGAGUUUCCUGGACAUGAAUGCUUUUAAAGUAAAAUGGCGUGAAGUCCUUUUUUUUACAUACUGCGCACUGGAUCUUGUCGCACUUUUGGAUACUUUGUGACAGCACGUAGAAUCGGUACUACAGUCUUGUACAAAAUAUUUAUGUAUAUCCCUUAAAAUAGACACAUUUACGUCAGUACGAAUGAUUCUGUUUAUUGUCAAUAAGGGAAUGUCGAGUUCAAACUCUUCAAUAGUUAAAGCCAAAAAGCCUGACUAUAUCAUGUGACACUGCAAAAGGUUGUGUUUCACUAGGUGGCAGAAUAGAAUAGAUCGGUUUGAUCAAUCAAAACGACAAUCUUAAAGACACCAUGAACCUGACGUUUUUUACAGUGCACUAUCUUGUUUCACAUGGAAAAGAAACAACGCUGAAUAUGUAUAUUUCUAUCGGCUAUAUUACUACAUACAUGAAGUACCUAUCUCGAAAUAUUAUAUCAAGCAUUUCUCCCAAUUCAGCUGAAAAACCGUUACAUUUUUAUAUCAGUUUCUCUUUGCUAUGUCCCCACCCCCUUUUCACUAUCCUCAUUAUUUCUCUCUUUUUACAUUAAAAAAGCAGUCAAAUGUUUAAAUCGAUUUCUCUUUCCUCUGUCCACUGUCCACCUUAUUUCUGUCUUCUUACAGGCGAAAAACUGUUAGAUAUUUUCGACUGUAUUCACUAUCCACAACAUUUUUUUCUUUUUACAAGUGAAAAAUUGUCCAUUGUUUAAGUCAAGUUCUCUUUCCUCUGUUCACUAUCCACCUUAUUUCUGUCUUCUUACAAGCGAAAAACUGUCAAAUGUUUAAAUCGAUUUCUCUUUCUUCUGUCCACUAUCCACCUUAUUUCUGUCUUCUUACAGGCUGUCAAAUGUUUUAACUGAUUUCUCUUUCCUCUGUUCACUAUCCACCUUAUUUCUGUCUUCUUAAGGCGAAAAACUGUCAAAUGUUUAAAUCGAUCUCUUCACUAUCGAUAUCAUUUCCCUCGUUUUAUAGCUGAAAAAUACCGUCGUAUAUUAUACCAGUUUCUCUUUCGCCUUAAGUUAAUCUUCAGAACAUUAUCAUUUUUAUUUUGCCAUUUAUUGAUUCAAAGAAAUUGCUCACCUUUACCGUUUUAAACAAAACUUGAUGUUUUUGCGGCGUAUGUAUGUAAAUAUUUAUCGCCUAGAAAACUUGAAUUCUGAUUGCACUCUUUUGUAAUCAGUUUCAAUUAAGAAAUGGCACACCUUGACUUGUUUUUCCUUAACGAAAUAGUAAGCAUUUACAAAUGUUUCCAUUUUUCAACACUGUCUAGGUAGCAGGCAACACAUUAUCCAAACCAAUGAACGAUAACAAGGAAGAUUUAGAAGGCAUACACAUGUUUUUACACAUUUUGUUAUGUUUUGACUACUUUUUGAAAUAUGAAAUAAUUUAGAAUAUUAGUUCUUCAGUAAUUCAGGGGGAAUUUUUUUUUGAACAUUUGUCAGUCUAAUGGGAAAGCUAAUGUAUUUGCCUCUUUUCUCAUAAGACGAUGUCUGUGUGAUUUUUAUUGAUUCCACCGAACUAUCUUAUUCUUCUAUUUGUAUUUUAUCUCUGAAAUAAGUACAAAUCUGUAUGGCGUUUCACAUUCCUUACUGAGCGGAGGAGUAAGUUUUGAAAGUGGUUCCAACAACGCUGAAGUUGGAAUUGUGUCAAGAAAAGGGUAUGUUAUUAAAACGGUUGGUCGCUGGUUUCCCUCGGGCUCUGCCCGGUUUCCACCCACCAUAAUGCUGACCGCCGUCGUAUAAGUGAAAUAUUCUUGAGUACGGCGUAAAACACCAAUCAAAUAAAUAAAUAAAUAGAUUAAAACGGUUGUAACGUGUCUCCUGGUCUAACGCCACUUUUUUCUGCACCAGUUGUAUGACCCAGUAUAAGCUGUGUUCACCUGUUCUUCGCACGGCGUUCAAAUCCCAAGUUGGAAGAGUGGAAAAAGAUUUAUAUGAAUUGAUGACUAGUUUAUCUCUAUUUACCCGCACGUGUUUCAGAUAACAAUGACAAUAACAAGCAAGAUAAUAAGCAUAAUAUAUUUAUGCGGGAGAUAUUUUCAUUUUUUCCCCAAACUUGUGUUUAUUAGGUAAAGUUAUAUAGCUUCGAACAUAUGUAUAUAAGACAGAUUUUAUUACAGAAAACUUAUAUGAUUGGCGCUGUACAAAUUUCGUAUAUAAAUAAAUAAAUAAAUAUAUAUAUAUAUUAUACCGUGGAAUUACCGCAACAUCCAAUGUUAUAGUUUUAAGAAAAUACAUAUAAUUUAUCUAUAUCUAUGUGUGGCUUGUUAUGUUUUCAAAUAUAGAUUUUCAGUUCUUCUAUACUGUCAGCUAGUCAGUAAAAAGGAUCCUUUGAAGAUAUCACCGAAGUUUUUGCAGUAUUAUGUAAAAACAAAAGGUGCGUGACAUUACCGCGUGAAUUUGCAAUUUAAUGCAUGAGAUAAAUAAUUGGCAUUAUCGCAU